AAGGAAGAGAUAUCACGUGCACUGGUUACAGUGGAAAUCAUUCGGUCAGUUCAUCGUUGGCUCUUGGUUGCUGUGUCCAGGAAGACGACAUUAUACGGCGUUCAAGCAGUGCCACAUGGUUCUGCUUCGGCACAUAUCCAUCGCCCUAACCGCCGCGGUGGCUGCCUUCGGGUCCGCGCUGUUUAUCGCCUUGAAUUAUUUCUACAGAAGGCGAAUAUGGUCUCCCGAAGCGGAAUAUUACAUGAUAAAAGAGGAGCACGAGGAGCGUGGAAAGCGCCAGGUGCUUGUCCUUGGCCUAGACGGUGCUGGGAAGAGCAGUAUCCUGCAGGGGCUGACAGCUGGAGACGGGGGCAAGAGAGGGCACUGCCGCCCCACCAGGGGCUUCAACUUUAUGAGCCUCAGUGCCCCUGCCUGUCAGCUGGAUUUCCUUGAGAUUGGAGGGGGUGAGGAUUUGCGUACGUACUGGACCGAGUACCUGAGGAAGACUCAUGUCCUGGUGUACGUGGUUGACUCCUCUGACAGAAAACGUCUCCCACAGGCCAAGGCUGAGCUGCAUCGCCUUCUCAGACUGGAUCCACAACUUCCUGUGGUGGUCCUGGGAAACAAACAGGACAAGCACAACGCCAUGAGUGUGUCGGAGCUCCAUGAGGCCCUGUCUCUGGGGGCGGUGGCUGACGAUAGGAGGCUGUUCCUCCUGGCUGCCCAGCUGGGCUCAGACAGCCUGAUUGUCUCCCGCAAUCUGCAGGCCUUCCAAGACCUGAUCCUACAGCUCGUUUGAUUCCCUAGGACAGGAUGAGUUGAACUGGGGGUUGACCAUGCAGGUGGGAUGGGGGAGAGGCCCAUGGGUGAGCCUGUGUAUCUCCAGAUUGUCAAUUCCCUCACCCCAAAAAGUUGCUCUUGAAUCUCUGGACCAAUCAGAAUGAAGCAAAUGCAGGUACCACAACAGCUGGCAGUGGUCCGUUGUUUUUUGGCUAGCAGUCAGCAACAGUGAAAUACAGUGGGGCAAAAAAGUAUUUAGUCAGCCACCAAUUGUGCAAGUUCUCCCACUUAAAGAUG